GCGGAGUCCACAGGCGCGAGAGCCAGAUCAGGGAGCACUGUGCCGACUGCGCCUCGGAGAAAACCUGCGGGAACCCAGACCCCACCACGAGCCCCUCGUCCUCGCCCGGCCUAACCAGGCCCCACGCUAUGGAGUUCCUCUGGGCCCCUCUCUUGGGUCUCUGCUACAGUCUGGCUGCCGCCGACCGCCACACCGUCUUCUGGAACAGUUCAAACCCCAAGUUCCGGAGUGAAGGCUACACGGUACAUGUGCAGCUAAAUGACUACCUGGACAUCAUCUGUCCCCAUUACGAGGACGACUCUGUGGCAGCCGCUGCCAUGGAGCAGUAUACACUGUACCUGGUAGAGCUAGAGCAGUACCAGGCGUGCCAGCCCGAGUCCAAGAGCCAGGUCCGCUGGCAGUGCAACCACCCCAACGCCAGGCAUGGCCCGGAGAAGCUGUCCGAGAAGUUCCUGCGCUACACACCCUUCACCCUGGGCAAGGAGUUCAAAGAGGGACACAGCUACUACUACAUCUCCAAACCCAUCCACCACCAAGAAGACCACUGCUUGAGGUUGAAGGUGACCGUCAAUGGCAAAAUCACACAUAGUCCUGAGGCCCAUGCCAAUCCACAGGAGAAGAGACUUCCAGCAGAUGACCCAGAAGUGCAAGUUCUACAUAGCAUCGGUCACAGUGCUGCCCCCCGCCUCUUCCCACUUGCCUGGGCUGUGCUGCUCCUGCCGUUUCUGCCACUGCAAACCCCAUGAAGCCGUAUGCCACAUCUGGCCUAAGGAUUGAAUCUGGGCUGAGGAGGCAGAGGCAGGCACCCCUCACCUGGCCUGGGGUCCCUCCCAAAGCCCCAGUCCUGGCAACCAUCCAGCCACAUCUAUAAGCUGCCACCCAGCAGCCUCAAAUUGAGUCAGUAUUAAGGGUUUUAGCCCAAAGGAGGUGGGCAAGCCUGGUAGUGCCGUCCCUGCCUCCACCUCAGAGGGACGGACAAAGUGGGGACGGUACUUCCCCUGCCAUUCCUACCCUUAAGCCAAAAAAAACAAGCUGUGCAAAUAUGGACUCUUAAGAGGGACACUGUGGGAGCUGAAGAGGUGGUCUGGGGUCAUGCAGGUAGACACUGAGCUUGGCAAAGUUGCCCCUCCCACAGAGAGCCAGGAUGCCAAGAUGAGCUGACUGAAGGAAAAGCAAGAGAGUUUCCUGCCUGGGAGACAGGGACCGGAGAGGUGGUAUGCUUGGGCUGACCCAGCAUCUCCUGUCCUGGGGCAGCGCUCCCCAGGGCUGUGCCAACAGGGGGUGCGCCAACCUAUUCCUCGAGUGGAGCUGUUAGGGCAGGGCCCACAUGUACAGGAUCUGUAUAUAAGUUUGCUGUGUAUCUUUGCUGAUUUCUAUAACUGGCUCUUUUUUAUACAAUGUUGUCUGAAAAUAAACCUGUUUUUUUGUACAU